UUUCCCCAAAACAUUUUCAGUACAAAAAACCCCCCUAAAAGUCCGCCGCAUCGCCGCCGUAUAUCCGCCGGAACUCCGCGGCGUCCUUCUUCCAAUUCACCCGCGUCAGCAAAAUAGCUCAGCUAUUUGAUGUUUUAGUUUUUUUUUUCGUUUUUGUUUUGUUAAGGUUUUGGUGUGUGGGAGAUGUAUCCUUCUCGAGGAAGUAAUGUGUAUGGACAACAAUCGUAUUCUUCGCAAUCAUCCUACGGACAAAGUUUGGGACAUGGUUACUCGGGGAGUUCUGCUGGAGGGCCUGAGAGGUCCUCUCAGCUGCCCACAGGUUCACGACAUUCCUCAAUGUUAGGACCCCCCCAAGAUGCAGAAAUGAGUGCUUACACAACUCACGGUCAUCAUCCAUCAACAGUGCCUAAUUAUGGUGGGCAAUAUAGCUCUGUGUAUGGUUCCACUGCUCAGCAGAUGCCCACAGCUGGUGGAAAAGGAUCUGCAUCAUCAGCUUUGGAAAGCCGCAGUGGCUUUGGUGUGGAUUCACCAAAGUUCAUGGCAGGUGACUACGUUUCAUCAUCCAGCCAUGGAUAUGGUCAUAAAGCUGAACAACAAUAUUCUGAUAGGAUUACUGAUUAUCCAACCCUUGAUAGACACCAAUAUGUUGAACGACAUAGCUCUUAUGGCGGGAGAGAUCUGACAAGUGAGCAAGCCAGUCGAUAUCCUGAUUCAAUUUCUUUUGGUCUUAAGCAUCAGGCUGAAAGAUAUGAGCAUAUGGAUCAAGCAUCUAUAAUACGACAAGAGCAAAUACUGAAGUCUCAGGCAUUGCAAUCUCCUACCGUUGAUGGAGGAUCUAGACAAGUUGAAUAUCUUGCAGCAAGGAGUGCUGCUGUUUGUCAUGCAGUCCAAGAUCCCAUAUCUUAUAGUGGCAGAAUUGACUCAGGUCCUCGCACUUUAUCAACAUUACUUGCUGGGCAACAUGCUCCUUCUAUCCUAGGGGCGGCACCACAAAGAGCUGUUGAGGAUGUCAUGUAUGUUCAAAAUUCUACAAAUCCUGGCUAUGGAGUGAGCCUGCCUCCAGGUAGAGACUACGGUAUAGGGAAGGGACUUCAUGCAACUUCCGUUGACCCUGACUAUCCUAGCAGCGUCUUGGCACAUGCUGGUCACUCAAGGUUAGAUGAUUACAAGGAUGUCUACUCUCGGGAGCUUGAGCGAAGGGAGAAAGAUCGGCACUCUUCACGCGAGCGAGAGAAAGAUCGAGAAAGGGCGAAAGAUCGAGAGAGGGAACGGGAUCGAGAUCGGGAGCGGGAGCGGGAAAGAGAACGAGAUAGAGAAAGAGAACGAGAACGGGACAGAGAAAGAGAACGAGAGCGGCAGCGACAACGAGAGCGUGAUCGUGAACGUGCUUUGGAGCGUAAGGAGAAGGAAAAAGAUCAUAAGCGCAAACGUGGAGCUGAAGUAAAACAUGAUCGAACACCUCCCAGGAGUUCUAGGGAUCGGCGAGGAUCAUCUUUGAGCAAGGACAGUAAAUCUACACGACGAGAAUCUCCACGCCCUGAUGUUUUGCAUAGGCAUCAUACACCUGUUAAAAGGAGAGAGUAUUUCUGCAAGGUUUAUUCCUCCAGUUUGGUUGAAAUUGAGAGGGAUUAUCUGUCACUGGAUAGGCGGUAUCCCAGGCUUUUCAUAUCUCCAGAAUGCUCGAAGGUGGUUGUAAAUUGGCCAAAAGGCAAUCUUAAGCUUUCUUUGCAUACUCCUGUCAGUUUUGAGCAUGAUUUUGUUGAAGGAGAUGCUGCAACGGCGCUGAAACGACUGUCAUCGAAACCGUCUGCUGGUGAACCUGAAAAAUCAGAACCUGGGACGACUAUAUGGAAUGCAAAGGUGAUUUUGAUGAGUGGGCUCAGCAGAAAUUCUCUGGAAGAGCUGUCGUCAGAUCGGAACUAUGAUGAUCGAAUACCUCAUGUUUGCAAUCUGCUUAGGUUCGCUGUUCUUAAGCUGGAAAAUUCUUUGAUGACUAUAGGGGGCCAGUGGGAUAGUGUUGAUGGUGGGGAUCCAUCAUGUGAUGACUCCUCUUUGAUUCAGACAGCUCUUAGACAUGCAAAGGACAUAGCUAAUCUUGAUUUGAAGAACUGCCAGCAGUGGAACCGUUUCCUUGAGAUACACUAUGAAAGAGUUGGAAAAGAUGGGCGGUUCAGUCAUAAAGAAGUCACUGUUUACUUCGUUCCAGACUUGUCUGAAUGCCUCCCUUCAUUAGAAUCAUGGAGGGAGCACUGGUCUACUAAAAAAAAGGCUAUUGCCGAGAGAGAAAAGGAACUUGCUCUGAGGAAAGAGAAAUCAGGAGAGAAGGAAAGCCAGAAAGAUGCUAAGCAGGGUCCCAGGUCAGAGAGAAACUCAACGGCUGGAUUGUCGGCAGAAGGAAGCAAGAAGGAGAAUGAUGGCAGACUGAAAGAGAACAUAGCUGAUAAAGAAGGUUCUGAGAAAAAAGUUGGAGAAAGUAAACAAGCUUUUGAAACUUGUAAGGUGGUAAAUGAUAACGCUGAACUGAAUCCAGGAAAAAGUGCUGCUAUUGAAACUGAUGGUAGUGCAAAGUCAGUUAAGAAGAGAAUUAUAAAAAGAAUUGUUAAACAGAAGGUCUCCAAUAAGAAAGACUUGGAAACCACUCAGAAAGUGAAGGAUAAGGUGGAUAGUAAAGAAACUGGGGAAGGAAAUAUGAGCGCAGAGAUUGCUUCUCCGCUUGGAGAAUCUGCUACCCCUCCAGUUAAAACUUUUACAAGGAAGAAAAUUGUAAAGAAGGUUCCCAUGGUGAAAACUCCAACAGAAGAUGGGUUGAAACCUCCUGAUAUAGGAAUUGUCAAGGAGGCGGAAUCUUCAGAAGAUAAGGUGAAUAGUAAAACUGGUGGCGAUAGUACGUCUGUCAAGCAGGAUGCUGUUGUCAAGCAGGACACUGUUGUGAAGAAAACAGUUAAGAGAAAAAUAAUUAAGAGGGUUCCCAAACGAAAAGCAGCAUCUACAGACACCAACAAUGGGGUCACUGGUGUUGGUAGUCUCAAAGAUGAUGUGAAAGAGGAGAAAUUAGUUCAAGCUAAAAGUGAGGUGCAAAAUGUGGGUAAUAAUAAUGCAGAAAAUGCAGUGUGUGUGAAUGUUGUCAACCAAGAACAGAAGGUUAGCCCGAAAACAAAAUCAAAAAUAGCUGACGUGAAGCAAGAGACUAAAGAAGAGAUAAAUCUUGAUGGAUCCAAGAAAGUGUCCAAAACAGACAAGCUAAAAGGAAAGGAAGACCCCAAAGAAACAGGAAAGAAGGACAAGGAUGGGAAAAUCCUUUCGAAAAGCAAAUCAACGAAAGAGAUCAAAGAAAAGAGAAGUGAAGAUCCUCCUCGGCACCCUGGAUUUUUUCUUCAAACUAAAGGGAGCAAGGAUAUGAAGUUGCGAUCAUUGUCUCUUUCAUUGGAUUCUUUGCUGGAUUAUACUGACAAGGAUAUUGAAGAGUCGAGAUUUGAGCUUUCACUUGUUGCGGAAUCCCUGUAUGAAAUGGUUUACUACAACAUGGCUUCUCGUCUCUUACCUUUUCUUCAGAAAUUACGCUCCAAGUUUUUGAUCAAGCGAAACCAGCAGAAAAGACAGAGAGAAGAAUCGUCCAAGAAGAAAGGUGUGGAAAAAUCAGCCAAGCGUGCAAAGACGGAUGAACGUACGGAGGAUGCCAAAUCUGUUAAAACUGAAUCAGAUGGCAAACAUGAUCAAGAGGAUGAGAAAUCACCUGUCAAGGAAGAGGUUACUUCGUUAAAUAAUGCUGAAGAGACAAUGAUACCAGAUGAAGAUGCGAAUGAUGACUCUGAGAUGGAUGAAGAUCCAGAGGAAGAUCCAGAGGAAGAAUCUGAAAUGCAAGAAACAAGCCCACAGGAUGGCCAUGCUAAGGAGGCAAAGGAAAAUGCUGAGGAAGUGCGAACGGAUGCUGAUACUGGAGGUGAACGAACUGGAAACAGCAAGGAUGGAGGAGUUCCUGAGAUAAAGCCAAUUCUGAAGUCAGGCAGCAAAGAAGAGACGACAAAGGUGGAGAAAAGUACUAAACCUACUCUUGGUGAGGUUGGCAAAGAAUUGUUGCAGGCUUUCAGGUUUUUUGACAGGAACCGAGCAGGUUUUAUUAGGGUUGAAGAUAUGAGAUUAAUCCUCCACAACUUGGGGAAAUUCCUUUCUCACAGAGAUGUCAAGGAACUUGUGCAAAGUGCACUUAUAGAGAGCAACACUGGGAGAGAUGACCGAAUUCUCUACAAGAAGUUGAUCAACAUGGACCUCUGAAGUUUAUCGCAGGAUUAGCUAGUAGAUUAUUAUCAAUAUUUAGUGCUUUCCAAUGAAUUCUUUGAUGGAGAACAAUUUCUGCCCUGGAAUAGACUUGAAUUAUGGCUAGUGGUUAGAUUAUCGAAACCAAACCCGUUACAGAAUAUUUGAUACUUGUUGAAAGUAUUUUUCAUAGUGGGCAUUCGGUUUUCAAUCUGUCUGGCAAUUUGACCAUCUCCAAUAUGAUGACUAUAUGCACGACUCACAAGUCUAUGCCAGACAAUGAACUAGGCAGAUCGAAGUAGAAUAUAUUUCUCGUCUGUAUGACAAUAUUUGUCUCGUCUGUAUGACAUUAUGAAAUGAUAAGGAGCAAGUUAUUAUUUUUUCUA